AUGGAUCAGGGGGCGGAAGAAAGCGGAAGAGGCAGCGUGGAGAGUGACGGAAACCAUGCCUACCCAAACCACUUUGUAAGUUCAAGUAAAUACAUAAAUGGACUUUUUUACAAAAAGGGCAAGGAUGCUUCUAUACAAAACGGUAACGGUAAUGGAUUCAUCGUGGGGGGCACAGGUGCACCCAUUGACUAUCAGCCCUCAACAGUUAGCGCCUCGAUCAUUGGUGAGAAGGAUGACUGCUUCCAUCAGAACGAGUGCAAGGAGGGAAACCCACAUGGAGAAUCGGCGGGCCAUCACGGCGGCAUCCCAAACGGGGAUGGCAUCGGCCAUAUGAAUGGCUCCAUUAACAGGAGCGGCAGCAUCAAUGGCAAUGGCUUGAUCAACGGGAAUGGCCUGAUCAACGGGAGCGACGGCAAUCAUAUGUCGUACAGCUACUCAAGCGAACUUGGCACCAUGAUGGAAGCGUGCUCGAGCCACCACAUAAAUGGAAACAUAGACCCAUGCCACGACGAAAGUGAAAGCGGAGCUGACGUCACUAAGCAUGGCAUGAGCUCCAUGAACAGUAUGAAUGAUAAUGUGCAUGCACAAGUACAGUAUGAUCAGUUUUGCGGCUUAGAAGAAGUAGGAUAUCACCCUGGGUCCCCUUUUAAUGGGGGAGAUAAACCCAUGUCGGUAGUAAAGGCAGACGUAGGUUUCAUGAGUUCAAUGAAGAGUUCACGCGAGAUACACUUUAGAAGUGGGAAAAUUGAGGAGGCAGAUGGAUCAAGUCAAGAUUAUCAUCACUCUCUUAGUAAUGGAACGAGUGCACCUACCCGCAGCGAACAAGUGCCAAAUGGGUACAGUGAAAAUAAUACAUCUUCUGGUAAAGGGGACCAUAUAGUUCAGGUGAAGAAGAAAAAGAAUGUUACAUUUACCAGCGAGAACAACGUGUUUAAUAUCCCCCAGGGGGUAAUGAACAAGGAUGACUCGUUUGCAUAUUACACGAAUGGGGUUAUGGAGAGCGAUGUUUGUGGCAUAUCAAAUGGUGAUUGUAUUGUGGGGGGAGAAGAGGAGCAGAACUCAGGUGAAAAUACAAAAAUGAAGAAGAUACACGGGAAUGCUUAUAGCACCACGGAGGAGAACGGCACGAAUAGCGACAUGUAUAAUUACAUUACGCUAAAGCAAAACAACCAUACCUACCACCCGAACAGCGUUAAUAAUAAUUAUAUAGAAUACGACAUGAACAAUAACGAAUCCUUCUUCCCUAGUAUGUCAUCCGGAUUGAAAAAUGGCUCAACGCCGAGCAACACGUUCUGUGCGAAUGGCGAAGGAGACGUUGGGGGAAACUUGGACCAUCCUGUUGAAGGGGGAGGGGACAUUUCUUCACCCAUUUCUCAGGCCAUGCAACACGGGCCGUACAAUACCUGCAGCACCGGUCCGCAUGAGUGGGUAUAUAAACAGGGAAGUCAAGAUGAAGGUCAGGUAGGAAAUGUGUCAAAUGUAGUUAGCGGCAGCUUGGCUAAUGGAGACCUGUCUGGCGAGGCCCCUAUAAGUGAUAACCCAGUGAAUGAGCAGGAAGGGAAAAAACCUGAGGGGGGUGGGUCGACCUAUUUCACUGCAGAAGUUUCAAAUACAAACGACACGACAGUCAACGCCAUGUAUGAUGGUAACAGUUACAAGUCGUCCAAUGGGGGGAAAUGGAGUGGUCUUCCAGUGAGUGGCGAAUCAAUGAAUGGAGCUGCUAACCAAAUGUCAGGACGAGGAGGUGCUUUAAAUAAACACGACAAAAGUGUUACCCUAAACGGGAAGAUAAAACAGACGAUGGAACAAUAUAAAACAAAGGGCCGUCCUAAGAGUGUUAGCUUUAGUAAAAAAUUAAUUUCCUCCAAGGGUAAGGAGAAGACGAAGUUGUAUAACCAUCCUCCGCAUAUGGUCAAUCGAUCUGGCGGGAUAAAUCAACCCAACAAAUAUUUCUCGAACCCUCUCCACACACUCAAUGCGAACAUGCUUCCGCUAAAUGCUCCACUCAAGCAUGGAGUUCACGCGGGGGACAUGAGCGCUUUGUACCGCAUGAGCAGCAUGAGCGGCGUCUCACAAAACGGAAACGAAAUGGCCGAUGUGAAAAAGCAAUUCGUUAUGAGGUACCUCAGUGAUGUGGAGAAGAUGUAUCAAAUAAGGGACAGAAUCAAGCAGUACGAAAGUAAAGUUAGUAUGAGCAGGGCGGACGACAGAGAAGGAAGAGGACCAGCGGCGGCAGCGGCAGGAGCAGCAGGAAGAAGAAGAGAAAGAAGCCGCAACUCCAACAGCCUCCUAAACUACUACAACAUAUUGGAGCUUCUCUACAGGUCCAGUGUAAAAAAGAAAAACAUAAAUGACAAGCGGAUCAGGACUUUGUUAUAUGUAUUUAAGUAUAUUAAAAAUAUCGAGCGCAGGAGAAAAAAAAAAAAAAAAAUUUACCUCUUCGACGCAACCACUCUGCGUCGUCUAAACAGGCAGGUCGACCUGUACAUUGACUUUGUGGAGAGGCGGGAGUAUAGAAGCGACUUGGCAGCACAGUUGAGCAUGUCGGAGGGGGGUCCGGAAGAGAAGCCAGAAGAAAAGGAGCCCAUAGGCCAAGGGGCAAGUGAUGAACAAACUAGUGACAAAAAAGGAAGUGAUAAAACACAGAACGAUCAGAGACAGCGCACGACUCACAGCAAAGUCCACAGUCAGUCCAAGUUUAUUCAAAACUUGUUAAACAAAAGGUCUAACCUGUAUUGCACCUCCCCCGGGAAAGUGGACCCGGUACACAGUGAGAGCUUUUACUUCCACCAUACGUUGAAGCAGGUGAACUACUUGUGUAAUUUGCUCGUCUACGUGCACUUUAUCAUUUUGAAGUACGUGUCCAUCUUCUCCCUCUCCGAGUGGAAUGCCCUGCUGUUUCGCGACAUCGAUUUGUUUAACUGCGCAAAGUGGGGGCCCUCCGCGGGGGAUGAAACGGCGGAAGUGAAGGACGAAGCGAAGGGUGAAGCGAAGGAUGAAGUAGCGGAAGAAGUGAAGGAAGAAGUGAAGGAAGAAGCGAAGGACGAUACGAUGAACGAUGCGAUGGACGCAGCGGGGGAAGGGGAUCCCCAAAGCAACGCAGGGGCCACAGAAAAUGAAAAGAGCACAAGUGGGAAUGGACCCGAAAAUGACACCGUUACUCAGAAGCAGGGUGAACCCCACCCAGACGCAAAAACAGUGGAGAAGCUGAACCCACUCCUCAUGAACAGAGAAAACACGAUUGACAUAAACUACUACGAGUAUGUGAUCGAGCCGUUCGACUUUUACUUUUAUGAAAAUGUGUACAAUGAGAUAAGCACUUACCUGCAGAUGGCCCAGAACAACGCGGUGGUGAAUGGUGAGGCUGCCUCCACGGAGACGGCGCAGCUGCUGAAGACCUUGCCCUAUCAGUACUACGAGUUUGUGGAAAUUCUGAACAAAGAAAUUAUGAACGUGAGGGAUUUAGUAUAUCGCAACAGGUACAUCCGAUACCUCUUCUAUUACAUUUAUCAGGACAAUGGAGACGAUCUUCUGAACUCAGUAAAUCGUAUUUUCAAUUUCGAGAAGAAGAAACUUCAACUGUACAAGCUACAGAUGAAAAUGAGGUACAACAUAUUUGUGUCUCGUUUUUUUGAGCAUAAGUACGUUGAUGUCAAGUGCCCUGAUAAGGAAAAGAGGCAUGAGGAGUUUGAGUCAUGUGGACUUAACUUCAUCGAGGCAAAGGAAAAGUUGUUCACCUACCUCUUUGCCCAGUAUAAGGAGCACUACUGUGCGUACCAGGCGAGGGUCCAGCGACUGCGGGAGGGCACGCGGAGGGCCCUCGGCAUACCAGAAGAAAAAUUCCCCUACGUCAGAAGAAAAAUAAACUUUUACUCGCAGCACUUUGACGAUUUGAAGAGGCGCUGUUCUCGCCGUGUGGGGGACGCCGCGCAGGCGGUGGAAGGGGCAGACGAGACGACCUUAACCGAUCCGUACGAGCGGCAGAAACUCCAAUUCGACGUCGCGUACGAAUAUGUAGAGUACAUAUUCAAUAAAAAGUACGCCCUGAUCAUAAACAGCGAGAAAAACAACUCCAGGAAAUUGAAGGCCGCCUACAUCGUGAACCGAAAUUUGAAGAACGACGAAAACCUCGUAAUCGUCACGUCCGUAUUGAACGUUAUAAAAUGGAAAAGUUUGUUUCAGGCCUUCGAAAAUGUAACCGUGUAUCUGAAUGAGGAAAGUAUUGUGGAAAAUAAAAUUGAAACGGAGAAUAAGAACCUAAUCAUCUGUGUCGAUUUCUUACCCAAAAUUCUACACGUGCCGUGUGAUGUGAUCAUCCUUGAUAUGGCUCACUUCAAUUUGCUGAACAAAAUUAGCAUUUUAAAUGACUUGCGUUAUUUGGGCUUUUCCAGGAGGAUAAUUAUUUUGAAUAAUUUGUUGAAUGAAAAUUGGACUCUGUUGUCGUCCCUUUUUUUUCUGAACAGUGCCCUUUUCGACAGCUCCGUCAUGUCGAGGAUCCAACUGAGUCAGAGUGAGGAGGACAAGAAGGUGUUGAGCGACCUGCUGCGCAGCUUCGUCGCUCACUUUUGCGUCAUCAACCGGGUGAGGGGUGGUCCAAGCGGUGAUAGAAGUGGUGAUGCAACGUACGGAGUAGUGCCCGCCGAACCAGUCCCCGUGUCGAGGAACAGGAGGUGCUUCCUCAUAACCUACAUGAGCGGCAUACAAAAGUUCAUCUACGACAACGUGAGCGACGAGCACAAGUGGGACGCCUGCGUGCACCCCUUGCUGCUCCUCGACGAAAGCAAUUUCUUCCUCAAAGACUUUAACAUUUCAGAAAAAUUUGAUCUCCUGAAGAACAUUAUAAAAAAAUUUCACAUGUUGAAGAAGCGGAUCCUUCUCUGCUACUCUGGGGAGGACAAGUUGGAAAAGUUAAUCAAAAUUUUGCUUUACGUGCACAUGUUGAACGACCCAUCCAUUGUGUCACCAUUCGACGUAGCACGGCACAAGGACACUUUAAAUGUGCAACAGUAUGAUGUAGCAGUGGUGGUGAAUGACCAUAUAGAAUACUUAACGUACUUUGAGGAUCAACCCAUCGCUUGCUACCUCCUCAUUUCGGCCUUCACUAAAGAGGAGGAAGGUGUACUCGAAACCGUUAAGCAUAAGAAGGAGAUCCAUUGUUACAAGAAGAAGAAGGAAGCGUUGAUGCGUUCUCGUAAAUCAUGCAGAGAUGACCUUUACAGAUAUUACGUAAAUAAUAUGAUUUCUGAAAAUGACGAGCAGUUCUUGCUGUUCAGCAUUAUUGACCAGAAGGAGAAGGUGUACUGCAAUACGUCCUACGACGAGGUGGUGCUUCCCACUUGCUUCGUCUCGACGCUGGCUCAGUGUGAAGCGGCCGUGGGCUACUCGGAGCACUGGCAGGACAUAAAGAACGCCCAUAGCUUCUGGAACUUCAACAACUUCAACCGAGACAAGGUCAUCUUCUACCUGGACAGGAAAAACACGGUGUACGACAAGUACGAAAACGUGGUGUGCCCCAUGUCUGAGGAGUACAUAGCCCCCCCCCAGAUUUACUACUACCUGACGAACCCCAUGAACGAGAAGAACACCUUCAACACCUGCCUGUCCCUGGCGGUGGACGAAAUUAUACAAGAGCUGAACCGCAAGAAGGAGCUGGACGAGUUUGAUGAAAUGAAAAAGCUCACCCUGUUGAACAUUAAGGAGAAGACCAGCAAGAAACAUUUUUUGUCCAUCCGUAAGGUGGAGAAAAUUCUCUCUGAGUUUUUAAAUGAAAACAAGAAGAAAUCCUUCGAGCACUUUUUGAAGGGGUGUGAGAGCUACGGACAAGUGAUCACCAAGUGCAAGGAGAAGCUGUUCGUCACCUUCAACAAAACGUACAACGUGCACUUUAAGUACUUUGAAGAUUUCUGGCUUGACGAGGAGAAGAAGAGAAAGGAAAAGUGGAAGAAAUUGUGGCAUUUGCACGAGACCAAGGAGAAGGAAGGCAACGACGAUAACAGCGGCAGCGGCGGCGGUCCGUCGGGGGAGAAUAACCAGGACAAUGAGGCGGAUAACCUCAUCAACAGCAUCUUUCACACCAUAGUGAGUGACAAAAAUGAGUCCAAUGAUAGCUGCCAGGCACACAAUGCCUUCGUCGAUAGCGAAAAAACAAAGAACGAAUUAAAUUUCCUUGAGAAGAAAAAUUUCCGCAUUAGACUCUCUUCCCAAUUGUUUGAUGAAAAGGAAUUCGACCAGCUGUUUAUUGACAGGAAAAAGAUUUGUUUGGCUAAUGGCGAUAGCCAAAAGGACGAUAACAACUCGUGCUCAGUGGAGGAAGAGGAAGACGAGGAGAACAAGGACGACAAAGACAAGAAGACCUGCUUGUAUAUUGAACGGAAGGAGGGCGAGGAGCCGUGUAAUAAGGUGUAUCCCUAG